CCCAGAAGCCAGAGCCAAUACAAUACAAGUUUAGUGAUGUUUCACUUUCAGCCAAGUCUUCUCUUUCCGUCGUCUUCUUCUCUCUCUCUCUCUUCUCCAUUAUUUCCAUUACUUGAAACCCCUUUUUCUCGAUCGGGUACAAUUUCUUUUCUAGUGAUUAUGCAUUUAUGCGUUUGGAGUAGAAUUCUGAUCACCAAUCACCCACUUUCCAAUGGCGUUGAGCACCCAAGUUAGAGCCUCCGAUGGUUCAGCUUUCCCGUGGAAAUACGACGUGUUUUUGAGCUUCCGAGGCGAAGACACACGUAAGGGCUUCACAGACUACUUAUACAAAGAGUUGCAGCGGCAAGGAAUCCAGACUUUCAGGGACGAUCCACAACUUGAAAGAGGCACAGCCAUCUCCCCAGAACUCCUCACAGCAAUUGAGCAAUCGAGGUUUGCGAUCGUUGUUCUUUCGCCGAAAUAUGCUACCUCCACGUGGUGCUUGCUUGAACUGUCUAAGAUUCUUGAAUGCAUGGAGGAGAGGAGGACAAUUCUGCCAAUCUUUUAUGAGGUGGAUCCCUCUCAUGUGAGACAUCAAAGGGGCAGCUUUGCUGAAGCGUUUCAAGAACAUGAAGAGAAGUUUGGGGAAGGUAAUAAGGAGGUGGAAGGGUGGAGAGAUGCUUUAACCAAAGUGGCCAGUCUCGCUGGAUGGACUUCAAAGGAUUAUAGGUAUGAAACAGAGCUUAUCAGAGAGAUUGUGCAAGCACUGUGCAAGAAAGUGCAUCCUAAUCCCACAGGAUGUGGUUCCUCAGGGAAGUUAGUUGGAAUGGAUGCUAAGCUGGAGGAAAUAGAUGUUCUUUUAGAUAAAGAAGCAAAUGAUGUUCGCUUUAUAGGGAUAUGGGGGAUGGGUGGUAUCGGUAAGACAACCCUUGCUACACUAGUUUAUGAGAAAAUCUCUCAUGAAUUUGAUGUUUGCAUCUUUCUUGAUGAUGUCAGAAAGGCUUCCGCAGACCAUGGUCUAGUUUAUCUACAAAAACAAAUUCUUUCCCAACUCUUGAAGGAAGAAAAUGUUCCAGUAUGGAAUGUUAAUGGUGGAAUCACUAUGAUAAAGAGAUGUUUUUGUAAUAAAGCGGUUCUUCUAGUUCUUGACGAUGUGGAUCAAUCAGAGCAAUUGGAAAAUUUGGUGGGAGAAAAAGACUGGUUUGGUUUAAGGAGUAGAAUCAUCAUUACAACUAGAAACCGGCAUGUACUAGUCACACAUGGUAUAGAAAAACCAUAUGAGUUGAAGGGAUUAGAAGAAGAUGAAGCUCUUCAGCUGUUUAGUUUGAAAGCCUUCGGGAAAUAUGAGCCGGAUGAAGAUUAUGCAAAGCUCUCUCACUGUUUCGUUAACCAUGUUGGAGGUCUUCCCUUAGCUCUUAAAACUUUGGGGUCUUUCUUGUACAAAAGAAGUCUACAUUCAUGGAGUUCUGCAUUGGCAAAACUACAGAAUACUCCAGACAAAACAGUUUUUGAUUUGCUAAGAGUGAGUUAUGAUGGACUUGAUGAGAUGGAGAAGAAAAUUUUUCUGGACAUCGCAUGUUUUUCUUCGCAAUGUACAGCCAAGUUAAUCAUUGAACUACUAUAUAGUUUUGACAUUUGCACUCGUAUUGUAAUAGAUGUUCUUGUUGAGAAAUCUCUCUUAACAAUUUCACCAUUCGACAAUCAAAUAAUUAUACAUGAUUUGAUACGAGAAAUGGGAUGUGAAAUUGUUCGGCAAGAGUCUUAUGAAGAGCCUGGUGGACGCAGUCGGUUGUGGCUUCGCAACGACAUUUUUCAUGUAUUCGCAAAGAAUACGGGAACAGAAGCCAUUGAAGGCAUAUUCUUACAUUUACAUAAAUUAGAAGAGGCAUAUUGGAAUCCUGAAGCCUUCUCUAAAAUGUGUAAUCUGAAGCUGCUCUACAUUCAUAAUUUGAGGCUUUCUCUUGGCCCAAAAUUUCUUCCUGAUGCCUUGAGAAUUCUGAAAUGGAGUUGGUAUCCUUCAAAAUCUCUCCCACCAGGUUUUCAACCAGAUGAACUUACUGAACUUAGUUUGGUUCAUAGCAAUAUUACUUACCUCUGGAAUGGAAUAAAAUACUUGGGCAAGUUGAAAUCCAUCGAUCUUAGUUACUCCAUAAACUUGAGAAGGACCCCAGACUUCACCGGUGUUCCAAAUCUUGAGAAGUUGGUUCUUGAAGGUUGUACCAAUUUAGUUAAGAUUCAUCCAUCCAUUGCAUUGCUGAAGAUACUCAAAAUUUGGAAUUUUAGAAACUGCAAAAGUAUUAAGAGCCUACCAAGUGAAGUAAAUAUGGAGUUUCUUGAAACAUUUGAUGUAUCUGGCUGCUCAAAACUGAAAAUGAUUCCAGAAUUUGUGGGGCAAACGAAAAGAUUAUCAGAGCUUUUUUUAGGUGGGACUGCUGUUGAGAAACUGCCUUCAUCAAUUGAGCACUUGAGUGAGAGUUUGGUGGGGCUUGAUUUGAGUGGAAUUGUUAUAAGAGAGCAGCCAUACUCCCUUUUUCUUAAGCAGAAUCUCAUUGUAUCAUCUUUUGGCUUAUUUCCAAGAAAGAGUCCUCACCCUUUGGUUCCUCUGUUAGCUUCCUUGAAGCAUUUCUCUUCUUUAACUGCAUUAAAUCUGAAUGACUGUAAUCUCUGUGAAGGAGAAAUUCCCAAUGACAUUGGUUCUCUGUCCUCCUUACAGUGGUUGAGACUCAGAGGAAACAAUUUUGUGAGCCUUCCUGCAAGCAUUCAUUUGCUUUCUAAGCUUGAAAGUAUUGAUGUGGAGAAUUGCACAAGGCUUCAACAAUUGCCUAAACUUCCGGCAAGUGACGACUUAGAAGUGUUAACCGACAAUUGUACUUCCUUACAAGUGUUUCCAGAUCCACCAAAUUUGAGCAGAUUAUCGGAAUUUUGGCUCCAUUGCAGCAAUUGCUUGAGUUGUCAAGAUUCUAGUUAUUUUUUAUAUUCAGUGAUAAAGCGGUUGGUUGAGGAACCCCCUUGUUCUUUUGAGUUUUUCCGUUUUGUAAUUCCUGGAAGUGAAAUUCCAGAGUGGUUCAAUAAUCAAAGUGUGGGAGACUCGGUAACUGAGAAGUUACCUUGGGAUGCAUGUAAUAAUAGCAGGUGGAUUGGGUUUGCUGUGUGUGCUCUAAUUGUACCUCAAGACAAUCCGUCUGCCGUUCCUGAAGACCCCGAUUUAGAUCCUGAUACCUGUCAAAUUUGGUGUAAUUGGAACGAUUAUGGUACUGGCACUGUAGGUGUUGGUUUCCCUGUAAAACAAUUUGUUUCAGAUCACCUUUUGUUAGUUGUUUUGCCAAGCCCUUUCCGGAUGCCUGAGAACUGUCCGGAGGACACGUGCUGUCCGGAGGACACGUGCAAUGAGGUUACGUUUUCCUUCGAAAUCACUCGAGCUGUAGGAAACAACAGAUGCAUAAAGGUGAAGAAAUGUGGGGUCUGGGCACUGUACGAGCACUUCACGGAACAGCUGAUCAGUAAAAUGAACCAAUCCAAGAACAGCAGCAUUUCUCUUUACGAGGCUGUGGAUGAACAAGAAGGUGCCAUGGUUAAGGCAACACUAGGCAGCAACAAGCGGAAGUGGUGCUCUGACGACGAAUAUUACUCUGCAGAAGAAUGAAAGAAUUUUAGAAGACACUGUCUUGCUUUGUCCAGAUCCUCAAAGCAAAAAAUGAAAGGCCAACACUGCUAAUCUGCUAUUCUCACUAUUCAUAAGAAAGGUUUCAUCUUUCAAGCUAAGGAAAGAAGAUGAGAACUGAAGCAAAUGCAUGUUUCAGCUUAUAAUGUCACAAGCUUUAAGAAGAUUAUGAGAAAGACAUAAGUAAAGGUGUAAGUUUACAACCUUAUUCCCGCCUUUGAUAUCAUCAAGAUCAACAAUCCUGAAGCAGAAGAAUGGAGAGUCCUCUGGAUUUCGAUCUCUGUUGGGGGAAGAAGCCAUUGAGCAUGAAGCCAAGUGAAGCUGAAAAUUCCAAAUUUUGAAGGUCAUUUUUGUCUGGCAAGAGCAGAAGAACUUAUGCAGAGUUUUUUAACUGAAUUGUUCACCCUUGAGGGUUCUAUUAAUUGUUGUUGUUGUCACUGUGUCAGUGUUUGAAGACUCGCAAAAGUUGUAUUUGACCAAAAUCACCACCGUUCAUUCAAAUCAAAGGAAUGGUGCAGAUUAUGAGUACAGUUGACCAAAUGAGAAGUACCAAUUUACAAUUGAAAAACCA